GUGAUGGAGCCGGGCGGUGGCGGAGGUCCGGGCUUGCUGAUCGUCAACAACAAGCAACGGAGCGGCGGGCUCGGACUGACCACGACACCGCCGCCGCCAGGGGGGAAGGGUCGAGAGCCCAACCGCAACCAGCGCAAGGACUCGGAGGGCUAUUCUGAGUCUCCAGACUUUGAGUUUGAAUAUGCAGACACGGACAAAUGGGCUGCUGAGCUGUCAGAAUUGUACAGCUACACAGAAGGUCCUGAAUUCCAACUCAACAGAAAAUGCUUUGAGGAGGAUUUUAGACUGCAUGUGUUGGAUAAGAAAUGGACGGAACUGGACACCAAUCAGCAUCGUACCCAUGCCAUGAGACUUCUUGAUGGCCUUGAGGUCACUGCUCGGGAGAAAAGGCUGAGGGUAGCACGAGCCAUCCUCUAUGUUGCACAAGGCACAUUUGAUGAGUGCAGCUCUGAAGCUGAAGUUCAGUCUUGGAUCCGAUAUAACAUAUUCCUUCUUCUUGAAGUUGGCACGUUCAAUGCUUUGGUGGAACUUUUGAACAUGGAAAUCGAUAACAGUGCUGCCUGCAGCAGUGCCGUGAGGAAGCCUGCCAUCUCCCUGGCUGACAGCACAGAUUUGAGGGUGCUCCUGAAUAUUAUGUACCUUAUUGUAGAGACUGUCCGACAGGAGUGUGAAGGAGACAAGCCAGAGUGGAAGACAAUGAGACAGACCUUCAGAGCAGAACUAGGGGCACCGCUGUAUAACAGUGAGCCAUUUUCUGUGAUGCUUUUCGGAAUGGUAACCAAAUUCUGCAGUGGCCAUGCCCCACACUUCCCCAUGAAGAAGGUGUUGCUGCUGCUCUGGAAGACUGUCCUGUGUACCCUUGGAGGAUUUGAGGAGCUUCAAGAUAUGAAAGCAGAGAAACGGGAGAUGCUGGGCCUCCCACCACUUCCUGAGGAUAGCAUAAAAGUGAUCCGCAACAUGAGAGCUGCCUCCCCUCCAGCAUCUGCUUCUGAUUUGAUUGAGCAGCAGCAGAAACGGGGUCGGCGGGAGCACAAGGCUCUUAUUAAACAGGAUAACCUGGAUGCCUUCAAUGAGCGAGAUCCGUACAAAGCUGAUGACUCCCGUGAAGAGGAGGAAGAGAAUGAUGAUGACAAUAGUCUUGAGGGAGAAGCAUUUCCUCUUGAAAGAGAUGAGGUGAUGCCUCCUCCUGUCCAGCACCCUCCAACUGACCGACUGACUUGCCCAAAGGGUUUGCCUUGGGCACCUAAGGUCAGAGAGAAAGACAUUGAGAUGUUUCUGGAAUCUAGUCGGAGCAAAUUUAUUGGCUACACCUUGGGGAGUGACACCAACACAGUAGUAGGAUUGCCCAGACCCAUUCACGAGAGUAUCAAAACUUUGAAACUGCACAAGUAUACAUCUAUUGCAGAGAUUCAAGUACAAAUGGAAGAAGAGUACUUGCGUUCCCCCUUGUCAGGGGGGGAAGAGGAGGUUGAGCAAGUUCCUGUGGAAAUCUUAUACCAGGGACUACUUCCUAGCCUGCCCCAGUACAUGAUUGCCUUGCUGAAGAUUCUGCUAGCUGCAGCACCCACCUCCAAAGCCAAGACUGAUUCCAUUAACAUCCUAGCAGAUGUUUUGCCAGAGGAGAUGCCAACAACUGUAUUGCAGAGUAUGAAGCUGGGCGUUGAUGUGAAUAGGCACAAAGAGAUUAUCGUAAAAGCCAUUUCUGCUGUGCUGCUGCUGCUGCUCAAACAUUUUAAGUUAAAUCAUGUCUAUCAGUUUGAAUACAUGGCCCAGCACCUUGUUUUUGCCAAUUGCAUCCCACUUAUAUUGAAAUUCUUCAAUCAGAACAUCAUGUCAUAUAUCACAGCCAAGAACAGCAUCUCUGUUUUGGAUUAUCCCUACUGUGUGGUGCAUGAGCUACCUGAGCUGACUGCGGAGAGUCUGGAAGCUGGAGACAACAAUCAAUUUUGCUGGCGGAACCUGUUUUCCUGCAUUAAUCUACUUAGGAUACUGAAUAAGUUAACAAAGUGGAAACACUCUAGGACCAUGAUGCUGGUUGUGUUCAAGUCUGCUCCCAUUCUGAAACGAGCCCUUAAGGUGAAGCAAGCUAUGAUGCAGCUCUAUGUUCUGAAGCUUCUGAAGGUGCAGACGAAGUAUCUGGGACGUCAGUGGAGGAAGAGCAAUAUGAAGACUAUGUCAGCAAUCUACCAAAAAGUGCGGCAUCGGCUCAAUGAUGACUGGGCAUAUGGCAAUGAUCUGGAUGCACGUCCAUGGGACUUCCAGGCUGAAGAGUGUGCUCUACGUGCCAGCAUAGAGCGUUUCAACUCUCGACGUUAUGACCGGACACACGACAACCCUGAUUUUCUGCCUGUAGAUAACUGUUUGCAAAGUGUUCUGGGCCAGCGUGUGGAGUUACCUGAGGAUUUCCAAAUGAAUUAUGACUUGUGGCUGGAAAGGGAAGUUUUUUCUAGACCCAUCUGCUGGGAGGAAUUGCUGCAAUGACAUUCAAUGAGGAAAAUCUCAAAACUCAAAGCUUGUAUGUCUGCCCAAGGACGAAGUUCCUGCUCUUCAGUCAACCAGGCAUAGAAGAGAUAAACUGGGUUUUUUUUAAUAUGGCUUGUAAUCUGCAGUUCUUUCCUUCUCCUCCAGGUGGCAGCAUGGUGUUGUUUUUUACUGCUCUCAAGAUCUGACAAUAUGGCUUUCCUAAGUCUUUUGGGUUGCUUCAAUUAGUAGUUGGUUUGGAAGGUGCUAUGUCAAUUCAGAGUAGUUGACUUUGAGACCUGGACCAGUUGAACAACCUUUGGCAAAAUAUCAGUGUCAGCAUUAAUUGCUCUUCAGUGCUCCUUGUCAGGCUUCUGUUUACUGGGCAUGGCUAGCUACUUAUUUCAAAACUAGAAGGGUAGUUUUUUCUGCUAUGUCCCCACCCUUAUCCCAAAAGGAAGAAUAGCACCCAUUUUCUGCUAGCUUCUAAGAAAGACAGCAAUUUCAUGGUGGUACGGGUGAGAGGAGAAAAUAUAUUUGGUGCAUACCAUUUUCCUUGCUGUUACAGGAAAGGGAGAUCUCUGGAGUCACAUCUAGUGCAUAUAGGGAGGCAGUGUAGUUGAGAGGAGCAGGUUUGGGGCACAGGAUUUGUUCAUAGCAGUGCCAAUAGUACUCUCAUCUGCUGGGAGGUGGAGGGAACAUUAGAAAUGGCUUGCCCUGCUUGGGGAAGUGAGCAGGUGACUUCAUUUGGAUCAGGGGUGUUGCCUCAAUUUGUUUCCCUGUUAAAGCCAAACUGUUUAAACAACUGUGAACCAGACGCAUUGUAUUUUACUUGAUAGAAAGAAAUAGAUAUAAAUAUCAAUCUUCCUUUUUGGAAGCUGCACCUGAGAAAGGCAAACUCUUAACUUUGUGUUUUCUGCUUCCUUCGAUGUGCCAUCCUUCGGUUUGCUUGAGAGCCUGAUUUUUAAACAGUUUUUCAGCACAGGUGCACAUGCCAGUGUAGUUCCCUCAGUUUGACUGCUUGCCAGCCCCAUGUUUGUGCCUGUACUUCUCAGUUAAGUGUGGCAUAUUCAACCCAAGUUUCCUCAGUGUGGAUAUUGCUUACCUAAGCAAGUAAUUCAUCCUGUGUUGAUGCUCCACUCCAGCCUCGUUCUCACUCAUAAAUAGGAGGUAGCAAGCCUGAGUCUGGACUUUUCCAUUGUUCAGUAGCCCCACAGCAGUCCAGAGAGCUGCAGUCCAGACUUAGGUUUCCCACCUCCAUUAAGCCCUCCAAACCAGUACUGUAGAUGAGGUGGAAGCAAAGACAUCUAUUUAUGUAGCGAAGUGGACCUGAUAAUAAAGUGGCUAUUCCCUCUUCCUUAGGAGAUGGUAUCUCCUGAGAGAAUUGAGUAUAAUAUUUGAUUACAUUUAUAACUAUUCAGAAGCAAGCAAGUUACUAUAGGAUAGUUCCAAGUACUGCAAUAUGGUGAUAUUUUUUCCGCUCCUGAUUUUUAGUCUGUUUACAUACUUAGAUUGUAAUCCUAAGGCUACUCACUUGGAAGUAAGUCCCAUUGAAAUUAAAAAUAUUUAGGACUGGGGUGUCAUUAAAAUACUAUAACAAAACCAUAGGUUUGGAUGGGACUGGUCCAACCCUUUGCAUUGAGCUUUGAUUACUUAAUAUGCAAACACUCCUAUAAGGUUAGCCUGUAUCACUGAGGUUGCAGAGUGUCUCUCAUGCAGAGAACAGCCGGGACCAAGGCAUAUCUUGUCUGUUUAAAAGUAAGAAUCAAGUUGAGUAAAUAGAAUGCAGUAAGUUUGAGGAAGUGUCUGCCAGACAGCCAAUCCAAAAAUCGUGGUGCAACCAUUGAUGGGGGUUCCAAGCUUUUUCAAGGUGUAGCAUACUGAGAACUUGGGUUUCCCCAUCUCUAUAUUGUGAACAGUGUGAUGGUGACAUGAUCAUGCAACAAAAGCAUUAUGGUCGCAUAAAAGAAUGAACAAGCAUUAAAAACAGCAAAAUACCUUUCAGUUUAUAAUGGUUACUUUUGUAUGUGAAUCCUAAGAUUUGUAAGUGCCUCCUGGAAAGAAAUCAAGACUAUUCCUGUCCAGUGUAAAUCAGGGAUUUUGGAAGGGGCGGUAGAGGAUUUUUUCCCCAUCUCUAGGAUGGGAACAGGUUAAAUAGAGUAUUAAUGCAAAUGCAUCUUUCUCUUUCUGUUGGGCUGGAGGCUUUAGAAAAUUGGUAGGAAGCCCUCCAGCAGCCAUCCAGUAGGUGGGUAAACUUGAAGCCUCCUUAGUAACUGCUAGGCUACUGAGCUCAGAGAGAAGAAGCAGACUUGUAUUAAGACAGAUGAUGUCAAUUGGGGCUGCACAGAAGAUCCGGCACCCAGAGCAGAAGUUCCUGGGCCUGUGCCGAAGUGGGCCCAUCCCUAACAAUGCCCCUGGUAAGUGGGUAUUCUCUUGAUAUCUGAAAAGGUGGGUCAGUACCCUUCAAUAGAACUCAAAAAGUAAUAACAAAAAGGAAUCAGUAGAAUUCUCGUGGCAUACAAACUUGAAAUCCCUGCAUCGGAUUUCUUAACUGACUUGGAUUGCUUAAACUGGUUUUUAACAGGCUGUAUUAAACUUAAACACAGGAAGUGAUCCUUUUCUGGAAAAUGAGAAGAUCCUUGUGUCUUUGUAGCUACAUAAGAAGAAACACUUCCCCUUAUUGCACAUGAUGCCGCGAAUUUGUUUUAUUUAUAAAGAAAAUUUAUUUCUUUUAAUAAAAUAUCUAUGGUGGCUUACCUCAGGAUAAAAAUGCACUACAAUAGCACAACAGAAAAGACUGUAUCAUAUGGUUCCUAGCCCCAGUUGCUCUAUUUUCUACAGAAGCAGAGACACAGAGUUUGCGUAUUUAUGACUGGA